GUUUGUUUCUUUUUUCUGUCAAGCCGCAGUCAGGCGCUUCGCCCUCACAGUCUUUGCUGUUUUUCAAUUUAUUCAGUAACGUUUUGUAGUAGUUGAAUAUUGUAAUUGUAAGAACAAGUCGUAUAUUUAAAAUCGAAUUCGUGUGUUGUGUGUUUAUUUCUGUAAAAUCGUAUUGAAAUACAAAAUGAAUCCGUAUCAACAAGGCCAAUCGGGGUAUCCGCAACAGCAAUAUCUACAUAACAUUGGAUUUUGCAACACAGCUCCACAGUCGUUUGGAAAUCCGAUGCCGAUGGCGGGUUUUCCCACAAUGGGCUAUCCCGCGCCGCAGCCCGGAUACCCUGCGGCGUCCGGAUAUCCUCAAACUAGUCAACCCUACCCACAACAAAAUACCGGGUAUCCCCCAAGUCAGGGUUAUCCAAAUACCGCUCAGGGGUAUACCCAAUCUCCUCAGGGAUACCCUCAAACUGCUCAAGGAUAUCCACCAUCUGCUCAGGGAUACCCACAAUCAGCUCAAGGAUAUCCACAAGCUCAAACAGGGUACCCCCAGGCAAGUCCAGGUUAUCCACAGACAGAUAAAUAUCAGGGCUACCCACCCCAUAAUCAGUCUCAUUCACAAAGCCAACAAACUUACAAUGUGUCAUCAAACCCAAUGGCAAACACACCUAAGUCCAAACCGACUGUGGUGCCAGUGAACCCAUUCGACCCUCGCGAAGAUGCGGCGAUCCUCCGCAAGGCGAUGAAAGGCUUCGGCACUGAUGAAAAGGCUAUCAUACAAGUGUUGACGCGCCGCAGCAACGAGCAGCGCCUACGCAUCGCUUUCGAGUUCAAAACUCUGUAUGGAAAGGAUCUAGUGUCGGAUCUGAAGAGCGAGACUAGCGGCAAGUUCGAGGACCUGCUGGUGGCGUUGAUGACACCGCUGCCGCAGUUCUACGCCAAGGAGCUGCAUGAUGCCACCGCCGGCAUUGGCACCGACGAGGACGUGCUCAUCGAGGUCAUGUGUACUAUGUCUAACCAUGAGAUACACGUCAUCAAGCAGGCGUACACCGCCAUUUACGGAACCUUGCUCGAGGACGAUCUGCGCGGAGAUACGUCUGGCAACUUUAAGCGACUUAUGACGUCACUGUGCAUGGGUAACAGAUCUGAAGAUUUCCGUGUAGAUCAAGAAAAAGCUAGAGAAGAUGCAAGAAGCUUGUUGCAAGCAGGUGAGCUGCGGCUGGGUACGGACGAGUCGGUGUUCAACGCGGUGCUGUGCUCGCGCUCCUUCCCGCAGCUGGCGGCCAUCUUCCAGGAGUACCACUUCCUCACGGGACACGACAUUGAUGAUGCCAUCAAGGCGGAGUUCUCCGGAGACCUGGAGAAGGCGCUGCGAGCUAUCGUGAAAAUUGUGCGCAACAAGCCGUUGUUCUUCGCUGAACGUCUGCACAAAUCUAUGAAGGGUCUCGGCACCAACGACCGCCAGCUCAUACGCGUCAUGGUGACGCGCUGCGAGCUCGACCUCGGCGACAUCUCCAACAUGUUCCACUCCAAGUAUGGCGAGACGCUGCAGAGCUGGAUCGAGGGCGACUGCUCCGGCCACUACAAGAAAUGUUUACUGGGUCUGCUCGGCCUUUAUUAAGCCGUCAUAAAAUGCACGCAUCUUAUGUCUUUGGUGCAUAUUUUUUAAUUCAGUUUUAUAAUUAUGCUAAUGCAUAGCUAAUAAAAGCAACUGUUUAUAUAAUUUUUGGCUAUUCUACAAUUCUAUUACAAUAUUUAUAUGUAAUCUUUAUUAAUGUUAUAUACAGAAGUAUUUAUAUGCUAAAAUAAUUAAAUUAUUGGUUAAUCGCCUAAUGUUUAUUGCGGCUUAGGCAUAUUUAUUAUGCGUGCUCACUGAAAUAAUGUCACAUUAUUAUGAAAUAUUAAAAUAUAUGUUAAAAUUGACCGUCCGUAUGAUCUGAUAUUGGAAUCGAAAUACUUUUUGAUUAUUUACGAAAAAUAACUUAAAAAAAUCUCAUGUCAAGUAUUAAAAUGUUUGAUCUUAUAAAAUUAUUAUUAUUACUACAAAAAUGUUUAGUACAAGUAUGCCUUUUGUAUUUCCUAUGUAAGUGCCUUUUAUGCUUUUGUCAAUGUGAAAAAUAUACCAAUUUGCCUUGAAAUAU